AUGAUGUCGUCAUCUGAAUCUCAACGGAAUGGAAUCAAACUCGAAAUCGAGCAACUUCAAACUUACGAACAGAAUUGUCUUCAAGGAUUAGCUAAUUACGAGAAGACGUUUCAAGACGCGCUGAAAGUCUCACCGGGAAGUAGCGAGCAAUUAGCAGAGCAGACAUCGAAAGCAGCCAUGAUCAGUACCUACACAUUCCUGUAUGUCAAGAGCCUAAAGGAGGAAAAAAUGAUGGAAUUGGAGGAGAUGAACAAGAAGAUGCGGAAUCAGAAGACGUCGGAUGGACCUUCGGAGAGUCAAGAUGAAUUCGGAAACAAUCGAUGA